AUGUCUACAACCAUAACCACAUAUUUAGAUACAUUACCAGUGGAACUUCUUAAUUAUAUUUUAAAUUUUCUUGAUACGCAUACAAUACUUCUUUCAUUUCGUUAUGUUUGUAAACGUUUUUAUAUUAUUUCAAAUGUUUAUGAUCAAUAUAAAUUAAAUUUAAAUUUAUGUAGAAAAUAUAACUUUUAUCAUUUUUGUCGUAUUAUUAAUCCAUUACAUAUUAUCUCACUUAUUUUAUCCGAUGAUGAUAAAACACCAGGUCAAAUAAGUUUAUUUCUUUCAUUUUUUAAUCUUAAACAAUUUAUUCAUCUGCAUUCGUUAACUCUUUUGGAAAUUGAUGAUUCAAAUUUACAUAUUAUUUUAAAAGAUUUAACUUAUUUAUUACUUAAAUCGUUAACAAUUAAAUCUCGAACAUCACUUACAUUGACUCAUCAAACAUUAACAUGCCUUUCAACAACACUUGAACAAUCUAGUCUAAAAGAAUUUACAUUGAGUAUAUGGUGUUUUGAAAUAUAUGAUUUUAUUUGGCCUAAUCAAUGUGAAAUUGAAUAUCUCCAAAUAUCAAAUCGAAUCACAUUUGAGCAAUAUUGUACUAUUCUUGAACGGUGCUUAUUUUUACGAACAUUAAUUAUAAAAGAUGUUCUUUGGAAUGAUACAGAUAUGGCUGUUUCAACCCAUUAUCGACAAUUAAAAUUUUUAACAUUAGAAGAUAAUCGUAUGGAUAUAUAUAAAUUAGAACAAUUUCUUUCAGUAACUCCAUCACUUAUUUAUUUAAAAGUUAUUGGUAUGGCAUAUUUAACUGAUAGCUAUCGUUGGGAAAAAAUUCUUCGAAUAAAAUUACCAAAUUUAGAUAGAUUUGAAUUUUUUUUUCUAUCAUGGAAAAAUGUUAAUUAUAGUUUUUCUGAUAUUGAAUCUUUUAUACGACCAUUUGAAACCGCAUUUUGGUUAGAAAAUAAACAAUGGAUUGUUAAUUGUGAUUAUAUUAUUAAUCCAACUGAAGUUAUGUUAUAUUCUAUACCAAUAUGUAAGUCAUAUUUUCAAUACCAUAAUCAAUCAAAUAAAAUUUCAUGUUCAAAUUUUACCAAAACUAAUAAUAAUAAUGAAACAAUGAUGGAUAAUGUUUCACAAUUACGAUUAAAUUUAGUUAAAACAAUAUAUCAGGAAAAUUUUUUACGAAAGACUGAAUUACCGCCAUAUCCUUUAUUUCGUAAUGUAACCGAACUUACACUUGAUCUUGAUUACAAGUGUCCAUCAUGUUUAUCUCAACCAUUAUCAAGUCUAAUAAAUCUCUCAUAUAUAACACAACUUUCAUUGAAUCUUAACUAUGAUCUUGCUUUUGAUUUAUACACUGCAGCAAAUCUAAUUAAUAUUUUUAAACAAACGUCAAAUAUACAUACAUUUGAAAUAUACAAUAAUUUAUCUUCAAUUAAUUCUAAUACGACAGUAGAAGAUAUUUGCUUAUUAAUUCCAUCAUAUAUUGAGCAUUUAAAAAUUACAGUCAAAAAUGUAAAUGAAAUGAAAAUUGUAUUCGAUCGAUUUCAAUAUUUAUCAAGCAUUACGUUUCGAUUUUCAUUCGAUACAUGCAUACCAUCAGCAAAAGUGAUUGAAUCCUUUUUAAAUAUAAAAAAUGAUUUAACUUAUAAAAAAGAUGAUUGUUCUAUACGAGUAUGGCUCAAUGAAUUAGUGAAGAAUUAG